AUGGGUUUGUAUCGUCGGCAUACUUCCUCUUUUGGGAAAAGCUGUAAAAUGCUGAAGAUUGCGUACUUGGUGGGUGUUUUACUAGUUGCAAGAUGUGCUGUCGCGUUUCGGUCGCCCUCGGCCAUAUCCAAAGGGCUUGGCAGAUCAGAACUUAUCAUAAAAGACGAUUCUCUUCGAAGACACUCUGAUUUGAACGAAGCCAUAUGCCCAGUAAGGACGUCCCGUAUCGAGGCGUCACUUUAUCUAUCCGAGCGCAUCAACCAAUACACACAGAGUGUUGAGAACCGGGCACGGCGUACACUGAGAUCAGCCGCGGCCCAGACCCGGACAGUAACAACAAAUUUACCGUACUUUGCUACCACCUCUGUCUCACAGGCAAAAGCCGUCGCCAAGACAUAUUGGUGGACCUCUCCACUCGUUCUAUGUUUGAUUCCAUUAUACGCUGAGAUUGCAUUGCAAACCAAAGCGCAUUUUCCGGUAUGGUGGAAAAUGGUGGACAUGACUUACAUUUUUGAAUCUUCGAACGCGCAUUCUGUUGUGCUGUGCUUUUUGGCUUCGAACGUGUCUUAUUUGUUCAGUGGCUUGUAUUUGCUACGACGAUUUCCGCCUCGCAAAUUUCCCGCAGCACGGAUGGCCUCGGUAUUUUCAUGGACCACAUCGCGGUACACCUGGUUGAGUUUUUGGGUUCUUGCUGCGGGUUUCAUUUCUACAAUCUUUCAUUCCGUACAAGCUCUGGGGGAUUACCACGUUGCGGAGGCCCUGUGUUUUCUUGAUCAUGGCAUAGCUAUUGCCGCUGUUGGAUACUUUUGGAACGUUUGUGGACGGCCUAGUCGUGCGGUGUGGCUUUUAGGCGGUACAGGUAUGCUUUGCUUAAGCUGUCCGAUCCGUCCGGGCUAUGCUUGGUUACACUCCGCCUGGCAUAUUCUGAGUGCCGCAGCAGCAGUAGCUUGGGGCCGGCAAUCUAAGACUGCGCCACACCGAGCGCAAGUGGAACGUACAAUGGUGCACCGCUAA